AUGACGGCAGCGGCGCUGAACUCGGGGCUUCUCCCCUCAGACGUCGCGGGGGCCGUCCCAUCUAGGUCCGCACUGGACCUCGUCCAGGCGCUCAUACACGACGCGGAGACCAUGUCGAGGCAAGGCUACCAUGGGCUCCUGGUCACCCUGGAUGUGGAUUCAGCCUACCCCUCUGUCCAACCGCCGAUCCUCCGCGAGGUCCUGGCAGACCAAGGGUCUUCGUUUAUGUACAUGGACGACCAUGCGCAACUGUCCUGGAGUAAGCACCCGAUUCAACUGGUCCACCAUGCCUCCCUUAGGGUCAGUCAGUUAUGCGCUAAGGCCCGGGGGCUCGGCCUCAGGAUCGACCCAAGCAAGACGGAGGUCCUCUACAUUCCUCCCCGCGGAGCCCGGGCGAAGUGGAGUAGGAUAGACCCCGCGAGGAUCUCGACUCAGGUCGAGGGAGUGUUCCUCUCCCCGAGCAAGUCCAUCAACAUCGGCGACGGCCUCGGUGGUAGGCUUGAUCAAACGCCUAUCCAGCACGAGCCUUCGGGGCUUCCCCCAUCGGCAGGCCCCAAUAUUUUCAACGCAGUCGUCACCCCCUCUCUCCUUUCCAUCCAGACUCGCGACGGUUUGGUCGUCUCUCGCCAGGGUUGCGAACGCGGCGCUGAGAGCGAUUUUCCCGGUGUGGAGAACGAUACCGACCCCGUGGCUCUGGUGGCUGGCUGGCUUGCCCAACCCCCUUACCGCGGUUGGUCCCGUUUGCAUCAGGCAGCUUCUGGCCUCGGGGCUAGGCCCCAGUGGGAGCCCAAACGCCUAGGCGUCAGGGCGUGGCUCGGCCUCCCCCUCGACGCCCCCAAGAGACGCCGAGUGCCUCCCCCAGAUAUGCGUGGAUGGUGGCGGGCUAAUAAGCCUGCGUCGGCCCUUUGGGAUGGACACACAGCCAAGCCCUUCCUCGAAAGGUUCUCCCGGCAGUGUCUCUCCCGCUGGCUAGCGGAGGCUUCGGGCCAUGGAGACUUCUCGGAAUACCACGUGCGAUUUAACCACCCCCGGGGGGCGUUAAAGGAGUGCCCCUGUGGCAGAGUAGUGUCUAGAGGCCACUUCUUCUCCUGCCCUCUCGCUAUCUUUAACAACCCGCUCGCAGGUAGGCUGGACCUGAGGGCGUUCUGGACUUCUUUCCAACUAUUCAGGUCCAGGGCCUCCCAGAUCGAACUUUGGGGCCAAGCCUGGGAUGCCGCCACUGGGCGCCUUAUCCCAACGUUGAGACCCCUUCACCUCCCCCUACGUACACGACCCCAGUCCCACAGGGGCAUCGACCCCGACACCGAUUCGUCGGAGUCGGAGUCGGAGCUGGAGAUCCACAUCCCCGGGCCUGCCACGGGGACCGUAGCGGAUGCCCUCGAGGAUGCUUGGGCUAAGGGGCUCAGUUUGCCGAGCCACUUCACUGAGGAUACCCUGAACGAGCACAAUAUUGGUGCUGUAACUGCCUCCUCUGCCGUCAGCAACAUUGGUGCCAUUAACAAUAUUUGCUUUCCCACCAUCAACAACGUUGGCUCCCUUGACGUCAACAGCACUGGUUCCGCUGCUGGCAACAUCACUAGCCCCCCUACUGCCGACAACACCACCGGCUCCCCUGGCAAUACCCACAACGUCAAUCUUCAGUUCCACAGUAGUAUCCAAAACAGUGGUUCCGGGAACGUAAUUGGCCACGUUCAAUCGCAGGUGAUCAACUAUCACCAAGCAGACGACCAAACCGUGGAGCAGCUAAUUGCCAACCUCGUAAAGCAACUGCUCAGCAACAAGCUUCCGCCGCCAUCAGCAGUUAUGGAUAUAUAUGCGCAACACAAAAAGCACAGGUCGCAGCCAUCGUUGAGCGAUCUUGAAGGUAUGUUCCAUGCUGUGGCCGCACUGUACAAGGAUGGAGUCUUUGUUAUUGUUGACGCGCUCGAUGAGUGCCAAAUGAGUGACAAUAUUCGUUCCAAAUUCAUUGAAACAUUGCUGCGCCUUCAGUUGAGGAAAAGUAAUGUCAACAUCCUCGCCACAUCCCGGCCUGUACCUGAUAUUGUGGAAGCCUUUGAUGGGUAUUCCCGACUUCAGAUAGUUGCCCAGAGGGACGACAUCGAGCGAUAUAUACGCAAUAAAAUGCCCAACCUGCGCGCUGUCUCAAAAUACCCGCACCUCCAAGAUGAAAUCAUCGACUGCAUUGCCAGUGUCGCAGAUGGCAUGUUCCUACUUGCUCACCUCUUCUUCGAAGCCUUGAAAGAUAAAGUCAGCGCAAAACUCAUCCGUAAAACAUUGAAAGAGCUUCAAAACGACGCUAAGGAGAAGGAGCCAAAGCAUGCCCUAUUACGCCGGGCAUAUGACGAUGCAAUGGAGCGAAUAAAUGGGCAACCGGUCGGAUAUAAGAAGCUUGCCAACCAUGUGCUAUCGUGGAUCAUCUGCGCCAAACGUCCUCUCAAAACAAUAGAGGUUCAGUAUGCGUGGGCUGUCAAGGACAGUGAGGACGAACUUGAUGAAACCGCGAUCCCCGAUGCCGAAGAUAUGCUUUCGAUAGUCGAGUUGAUCCAAACCGACAAGACAACGAGGGCCGAGAGCCGCUACAUUGGGCAGCAGGGAAUGGCAAUACAGAUGUUGUUAAAACGCUAUUAUCGAAUGGACGAAUGGACCCAGACAGGAAGGAUAGAGAGGGCCGAACGCCUUUGA